GCUCAGACAGGAAUAAAGAAGAGCCGGUGGUGAUACACAAACUCUUCCGACCUGCCACCUCCACGUCGUCCACGACGUCGCCGAUGAAUACGUUCUCAUCGUUGCCGCAAAUAAACAAAAGAAGAUUUGAUUUUGGGGUAGAUGUAGAAGCAUUUAGAAUUAUUGACAGACAACACAACCAAGGAAGCGUCGAGGAAUCGAUGGAUGAAGAAACAGGGAGUAAAAGACGACGGCGACUUCUCGAUGAUGAGAGACGGGAUGAAGCCGAUCAGCGUUGUCGAGUUUUUACCGGGUCACAUAAUCUUCACCAGCCAAUAGAAGAAAACAAUAUGCUUCCGAGGACGCAUUCCGCUUUAAAUUCUUUACCCAGCUGGUCUCGCGAUGAAAAUUCAAUUCAAAGUGAAGACAACGAAGAUAACAACGACUUCGAUACUUUGUUCCUUGACAAGCGAUCAGAUAAAAUGUUACCGUCAUCACCGUCACAAUCUUCAGAUACUACGGAUGGCUCACAAAGAAGUUUCGAUUUGAACAACCAAAUCGGCGAACAAGAGGCUAAUGAUAAUGACAACUUCGGCUCUAGUAAUGUCGUCAUACAGAAAAUGGAAGCUGACAGUAACGAUGACGGCCUAAGGGAUAGUAAAACGUGUAAUAACUACGAUGGAAACAACUAUGAUGAUCUCGCUGAUUCUUCUUCUAAUGAACUUGAAAUCGACAUGUCCGACAGAAUGGAUGAUAGAUACGAUGACGAAAGGGAAGCUAAGUCCAAACGGAAAGAGGUUAUAUCUGUCAAUAAGCAGACGCUUUACAACGUUUACAAAGCGGCCACGGCUGCCUUGCCGUAUUCAACACAGUCUGCAUUUAAGCCACCCGCGGAGGUUAAGCAUAAAAUUCCUACGACGUCUUUUCCGAGUGAGCCGUUCGGCGGUUACUCUAAUGAUCAUGAGAAGAAUUCGAAAGUUUCGAAACAAUACACGAUCUUACAACCGGCCGGGUUAGGCUCCCGCGCCGCCACAGCUCUGCACGAGGCCCGGACCGUGCCCUCGGCGCAGCCCACGCGCGAUUCUCGCCCGCUGAAUGCACUCUCCCCGCCGGCCUCCAGAGAAGGCAACAAGUGUCCGACUCCCGGUUGCAAUGGGCAGGGCCACGUCACCGGCCUUUACUCGCAUCAUCGAAGUCUGUCAGGAUGUCCAAGAAAGGAUAAAGUUACACCAGAGAUAUUGGCGUUGCACGAGACAAUCUUAAAGUGCCCGACGCCGGGUUGCAACGGUCGCGGCCACGUGAGCUCAAAUCGCAGCACGCACAGGUCUCUAUCCGGUUGCCCCGCUGCAGCCGCGAGGAAAGCCGCUGCCAGGACCCAACGGGCUAGGCCUAUCGUUUUAUCAGCGCCAGUUCCAUCAAUAUCUGCCCCGAGUGCGACAAUUGACACCGGAAGUACGCCACAAAAGCGCGAUCCGGAAGCAGCGGCAUCGCCGCAAAGUCCACUCGUGAAACGGGAAGCCCCCGAGCUGCUUGUCCCAAAGCGUGAGGCCGCCGAGCCCGAGCGCGACUCUCCCGCCAUGGAGACGCGCCACGCCGGCUACGGCGCGCCGCCGGAUCAGCGCUCGCCCUAUGAGCGGCCGCCAGAUGACCACGUCAGGUCAUAUAGCCAAAUGAAUGAGACGAGGUACGGCUAUGAAGCUCGAUGCUACGAAGGAGCCACGGCGUUCGAACGGUACGACCCUCAAUGUCCGCAGCGGCCCUACGGCUGGGAGGAAGAGCGGUACCACGAGCCCCACCUACCCACUCCGAUGAAAACGGAUCAAUCCGAGCAGGACGUCAGCUCCGGACCCAUUUAUCCUAGACCGAUGUACCACUACGAGGCGGGUGGCGGGGUAGUGGGCGGUGUGGGAGCGAUGGCCGGCGUCCCGACGGGUUUCUCCGCGAUCAAUCUCUCCGUGAAGAUAGCCGCGGCGCAGGCGCAGCGUCCUCGGAGCCCGACGCCCAGAGACCCCCGCGAUCCCCGUCCGGCUAUAGACCUGUCCUCGUCUAGUGGCAGUCCACAGGGUCCCUACGCGUCCCCGGUGUACAGUAGCGCCGGUGGGGCGCGAGGCAGCCCGCAGCCGGGCGCUUCGCCUCAGCUCACCGCGAGUCCUCAGGUGCCCAGCCCGCAGGGCCAGACCCUCGACCUUAGCGUCACCCGUUUACCACAUAGUAGAGCGUUCCCCGGCGGUGUCACGUACAGUCGGGAAUCUACGCCAGACAGUGGCGGCAGCCAUCCUUACCUAGAGGCAUAUCAUCGAGAUACGGCGGGCUACGGAGGUGUGAGUCCACACCCGGUCGCCGGCUACGGUUUAGGCCAACCGGACUACGCGGCGGCGGCCGCAGCGGCGGGCUACGGCGGCUACCAGUACCAGUGUGGAGCAUACCCGCCGCCGCCUGCCUAUCCGCCCCACGCGCCGCCCUACUCGCCGCCCUGCUACAUGCCACCGCCUCACGCACCUCACGACAAACCUAAGGACAGCAGUCUAUCUGGAUGUCCGCGCGCCGACCGAUCUCAGCUCCAGCCCCAUUCACAAGAGCUGAAGUGCCCGACGCCAGGUUGUGAUGGGUCAGGUCAUGUCACAGGGAACUACUCCUCACACCGAUCCCUGUCCGGCUGUCCCAGGGCAAACAAACCCAAGAGCAAACCCCGAGAUGGACAAGAUUCAGAACCACUCAGAUGUCCUAUUCCGGGUUGUGAUGGAUCUGGACAUGCCACAGGGAAAUUUUUAUCACACAGAAGUGCAUCCGGAUGCCCGAUAGCGAAUCGAAACAAAAUGCGGGUGCUCGAAAGUGGGGGAACAGUCGAACAACACAAGGCGGCAGUGGCAGCCGCCGCUUCGGCGAUCAAAUUCGAUGGAGUGAAUUGCCCGACACCCGGUUGUGACGGGUCUGGGCAUAUUAACGGGUCUUUUUUGACGCAUCGCUCGCUGUCAGGGUGUCCGGUAGCCGGCGCCACGACGCCCACGCCUCAACCCAAAAAGGCCAAAUACCCAGAUGAUAUUACGCCUCUUUAUCCAAAACCGUACUCAAGCAUGGAUAUCAACAUGCAGACCGGCAACGGCGAGGACCUUAUGACGUUGGAACAAGAAAUUACUGAAUUACAAAGGGAGAACGCCAGGGUAGAGUCGCAAAUGCUGCGGCUGAAAUCUGACAUCAACGCUAUGGAGUCACAUCUCAGCACCGGGGAAAGGGAAAACCAGUUGAUGUCGCAACGAAACAACAAUCUGAACGAGUACUACGAGAGCCUGAGAAAUAACGUGAUAACGCUGUUGGAGCACGUGAAGAUACCCGGCGGGGGAGCCGCACACGUGACGUCAUCGGGCGCCCCUGGGGCCGCCCCGCCGCCCGCGCCGGGUGAUAAGCCCGCCCAUGACAACUUCGACUCCUACCUGACCAAGCUGCAGACCCUCUGUUCCCCGGACGGCUACUGCCCUGACGAAAACCGGCCCAUUUACGAGACCGUGAAAAACGCGCUUCAAGACUUUACGGUGCUUCCGACCCCCAUUUAAGGCUCGCCGAGCGCCGCCGAGAGCGAUCAGACGCGCUGAUCGCCCGCGACGGGGCUUACUCGAGUUUAUAGUGAAGUGUGCCGACGAAGAGACCGUAGAACUGUUUUGUAAACUGUUGUAUACGAUGUGUGAAUUCUUUGAGACGUCACGUUUACAUUGAAACAGACUAAUAUCACUGAGACCGUAAUGCUAGUCUGAAAUGAAUUUUAACACUGUUAUUGGUAUGUAUGCUUAAAUUAUUGUAAGGAAAAGUUUAUACUUGUAAUGUGAACGAUUUUAGUCCCAUACGCGUCUCUAUAGAUAACUGUAAAUACUUUGUAUUUAUUUCGUAGUUAUAGGCACAGAAGCGGACGAAAUUUCAGAUUCACGCUCACAUGUAGAUUACGGAACAGGUCCCUUUCGGAAGGAAAUAGGAAAUAAUAUAAUUCGUCCUCCUUUCUGCCGAAUUGUAGGAGGUGCGGGUGUGUGCCAAAUACUACUGGACUUUGACGACUUUGGAAGUUACGGGGAUCGAACAUAAUUGUAAAAAACAGAUAAAAGCUAAGAGACACUAGUCAGUUUACUUGUACAUAAAUACUUGUGAAUAUUAGUUAAGACGUCGCUCGGGCGUCAUAGUAAUGAGAUCUCAUUAGGUCGAGUAAGGUCCUUCAGUCAUUAAUUGAUAACCAAUUAUAGGAAUAAUCCUUGUUAGCCAAUGUUCACUUCGCUGUGAUUAUGUUAUUGUUAUUUAUUUAUUGUUGUUUGCGGAAUGUGAUAGUUCGAAUUGACGUUGGAGGCUGUUAAUUUGCAAUAUGUUUUGUGCUUUAUAAGGAAAUGUUUUUUUUAUCUUUGAGACGCACCGAUAAACGUCAUUUGUGUUAUUAUUAUGACUAAUGUGAAAAGUGAAAACGGACAGUGAACGAACCUUGAAUAUAUACGCAUUAAAUAAUACCUAUUACUAUGUUACUAAUCUGAUUGUCAUAUAUGUUUCUGUAAUAUAUUGAGUAUGUGUUGUUAAAGAGAAUAAAAAGUAAUAAAUAUCAAAAUUA